CCACCAUUUGCGAACCACAUCACGUCAACCACCCCGCUUUGAUCAAUCGACAACCCAAAGCCCAGGACCGUGCACGACUUGCUUUCAUCACCAGAAUACCGCCAUGCCGCACACUGAACUCUACGACCUCCUCGGCGUCUCGACGGAUGCGUCGGACGCAGAGCUGAAGAAGGCCUACAGGAAGAAGGCCAUGAAGUACCAUCCUGACAGGAACCCUGAUGCUGGCGAGAAGUUCAAGGAGAUCACACAGGCGUAUGAGGUCUUGUCCGAUGCUGAGAAGCGCAAGACAUACGACCGCCAUGGUCUCGACGGCCUGAAGGAGGGCCGAUCUGAGGGGCCUGGUGGCCUCUUUGAGCACCUCUUUGGCAUGCGCCGCGACACGGGCCCAAAGAAGGGCGAGGACACCGUCCAACCAUUCCCUGUGAGCCUCGAGGACAUGUACAAUGGCACCACCCGCAAGAUUGCGCUGCGCAAGCGUGUGCUCUGCUCCGACUGCAACGGCGAGGGCGGCAAGCACGGCAAGGGCAAGACGUGCACGUCGUGCGACGGCCACGGCAUCCGCGUUGAGCUGCGGCAGCUUGGUAUCGGCAUGGUGCAGCAGGUCCGCCGCGCGUGCGACAAAUGCAACGGCACAGGUGAGAUGUGGGAUCCCAAGGACCUGUGCAAGACGUGCUCUGGCAAGAAGGUCAUGCAGGACCGCAAGAUCCUGGAGGUGCACAUUGACAAGGGCAUGCGCGAUGGCCAGAAGAUCACCUUCCGCGGGGAGGGCGACCAGGAGCCUGGCAUUGAGCCCGGUGACGUCGUGCUUGUCCUCCGCGCAAAGGAUCACCCUGUCUUUGAGCGUCGUGGCCGUGACCUCAUCAUGAAGAAGAAGAUUGGCCUGACGGAGGCUCUGUGCGGGCUGGACCUCACGCUCAAGCAUCUUGACGGCCGCAUGCUGCACGUCAAGUGCCCGCCGGGCGAGGUGAUUGCCCCAGACAGCGUCAAGGUCAUCAAGGAGGAGGGCUUCCCCGAGCACCGCCGCAUCUUCGACAAGGGCGACCUCUUUGUCGUCUUUGACGUUGACUUCACCAUGCCUGAGGAGCUGCGCACGCCGGAGCACCUGAAGAAGCUCGAGGCGCUGCUGCCGCCGCGCGAGAAGGUGGACAUUCCUUCCGACGCAGAGGAGGUCGUCCUCCAGGAGCCCGACCCAAACCGCAGAAUCGGCGAGGCUGGCCCUGGCGAGAGGCAAGCGUACGACGAGGAUGACGACGAGGGCCACCACGCCGGCCCAGGCGUCCAGUGUGCAAGCCAAUAAGCACUCCCAACAAGCACUCCCACCUCCACUUCGCAGCCCCUCUUUUGUCAAGUAUCCCCAAGAUACAGCACACAUGCACACACACACAUGCAAUCAACCAUCCGAUCCAGUGCAGCAACCACCCAAGCAGAGGUGUUUGCUGCUGCUGCUGCUGCUACCACCACUGAUAAGGUUGUGUGCUCUGUUUCAGUGUUUCGUAAAGCCCGUUGCUGGUCAGAGCUGUUUUUGCUUCUCGUUGCGUGAACCAUUCAACGUGUAAUGUCUCCCUUUCUCUAUUCCGUCGAGUUGGCUGCUUGUUUUGGUCAAUCGAGCCACUGCACACACUUGCACGGCAGGCCUCGCCCAUCCAACCAAAGCAAGCAUGCCUCUUCGUUGUUGUUGUGUCUUGUCAAUGUGUUUCUUUGUUGUUUGCUUCGGCUACCGUUCCCCCCUCCCGUCGCGUCCCUUUCGCCCUCUCCCUCGACCCGCUGUUUCCUUCCCCCUCCUUACUAGACAGUUGCCACCUCUCUCAUACACAUAUCCACGAGA